UGAGUCAUGGGAACCCCACUGAAUGGCUUCGUUUGAUGCCAUUGCUUCCCAUGGCCCCAUCCCUCUCUCUGCAUGCACGGAUUCGGUGUCUACCUGUUAGUUCCCUGGGUGGGGGGGUUAAAGUUCAGGGGCCUUGACUCCCAGCUCUACUUCCUGUCUGGGGAGCCUGGUUGAAAGUCCGUGAGCCAGUCUCCACACCUGCACGUGGGAAAGGACCAUGUGUGCCCCCUUGCUGUCCUGCUGAAACCAUGGUGGCUACACUCUCACGCGCCCUCUUCUACUGCCUCUGCUUCCUUCUAGAACUCUCAGCAGUCACUUCUGCCUCCAGAAGCCCAGCCAGUGCCACGGGGGAGCCAUGAGCCGCAUCCUGCCCUGCCUCGUCCCCUUGGGAUUGGUGCUGCUGCUCUGUGGGGCCCAAGGUUUGGUCCUGCCCAACGCCACCCACUGGGAGCAGCUACUCAGCAAGUACCGGCAGGACGAGCCCCACUCACGCACGCGCAGGGCCAUCCCCUGGGCUGACCGCGAGGAGAUCCUGGGGCUACACAACAAGCUGCGUGGCCAAGUGUACCCUCCUGCCUCCAACAUGGAGUACAUGACCUGGGACGAAGAGCUGGAGAGGUCCGCGGCAGCCUGGGCCGAGCAGUGCCUCUGGGAGCAUGGGCCCUCCGACCUGCUGGUGUCCAUCGGACAGAACCUGGCCGCGCACUGGGGCAGGUACCGGUCUCCCGCGAUGCAGGUGCAGGCCUGGUACGACGAGGUGAAGGACUACACGUACCCUUACCCUCAUGAGUGCGACCCCUGGUGUCCCGAGAGGUGUGCGGGGCCCAUGUGCUCCCACUACACGCAGGUGGUUUGGGCGACCACCAACAGGAUCGGCUGUGCCGUGACCACCUGCCACAGCAUGGUCGUCUGGGGGGACGUCUGGAAAAAUGCUGUCUACCUCGUGUGCAACUACGCUCCAAAGGGGAACUGGAUUGGAGAAGCCCCCUACAAAACCGGCCAGCCCUGCUCCCAGUGCCCGGCUGACUACGCAGGUGGCUGCAAGGACAACCUGUGCUACCGAGCAGACUCCCCUGGUAAGCACCCAAAGCCCGAGACGGACGAGAUGAACGAGGUGGAGACAGCUUCCAUUCCCCAAGAAAAACAUGUGUGGAUCCAGCCGCGGGUGACCAGGCCCAUGAAGCCCAAGGGCACAGCCACUGUCAGCUACAUGACCCAAGUCAUCCAGUGUGACACCAAAAUGAAGGACAAGUGCCAGGGAUCCACCUGCAACAGGUACCACUGUCCAGCAGGCUGCCUGCACGACAAGACCAAGGUGUUUGGGUCUCUGUUUUACGAAAGUUCAUCCAGCAUCUGCCGGGCUGCCAUCCACUACGGAGUCCUGGACGACAACGGGGGCCUGGUGGACAUCACCAGGAACGGCAGGAUGCCCUUCUUCGUGAAGUCACACAAGAACGGCAUAGAGUCCGUCAGCAAGUACAAGCCCUCCAGCUCAUUCCUGGUGUCCAAAGUGAACGUGCAAGACCUGGACUGUUAUACCACUGUGGCUCAGCUCUGCCCAUUUCAGAAGCCCAUGGCUCAUUGCCCGAGGGUGCGAUGCCCAGCACGCUGUGGAGAGGAGUCGUCCUCCUGGGCACCCGUCAUCGGAACCAACGUCUACACAGAUAACUCGAGCAUCUGUAGGACAGCCGUGCACGCUGGAGUCAUCCAGGACGAGGUCGGGGGCCCCGUCGACGUGAUGCCGGUCGAUGCCAAGAAGGGCUAUGUGGGCUCACUCAGGAACGGCAUUCAGUCGGAAAGCCUGAGCGCACCCCGGGAUGGGAAGGCCUUCCGGAUCUUUGCGGUCAGGCAGUGAUCACCCAGCACCUGGCGCGGAGGGCCGUCCUCUGGGGGGCUUUGGGGUUUCGCUUGUUUCCAUUUUGUGAAUGCAUUGGGUGGGUGGUGGGCAGGAAUACGAAUGGCCAGGAAGUUGCCUGCCUUGGCAUCUGAUGUCACAGCAAGGUGCAUCCCAGGGGUCUCCUUUGGCUGCCCUGGUGCUCCCUGACGCUGGACAGAGGGACAGGAUGACGCAGCCCCAAGGGAUGGCAGAGGGACAGGAGGAGGUGGAAGGCCAGUUUUUCAGGCCUGGAACAGAAAGCAGUUAUUUAAAAAUAAAAAUUGCAGUCCAUUCCUGCCGAUGGAGACAACCAACCGGGCCCAAUGUUUGCUGGUCAGACAGACGGCCCGGGGCUGAGAGCCGGCCAGCUCCACGUACAGCAGGGCUGGUCCAGCUGGGCUCCGGCUGCAACUCUGCAUCUUCAUCAGCCCCAGCCCUGAGGCCUGGCUGCUCCCGGCCGAGACCUUUGGUCCCGAGGACGGGGUUCCUCCCUCUACCUGCAGCCUGUCACCUGGACUCUGUGACUGCGCCGUGAUCUGAAGCCCUCAUGCUCGGAGCGCCCAGUCUGCUGCGGUUCCCCUGAGGUGGCCGAGACCAGCGGGGAGGCUGCUUUGGACAGACACCCGAAUGUGCAGCUUUCCCCAGGCGGCGAGCUCUGGGUGACCUAUUUUUCAGGAGUGGGAGGACCAGAUUCCUGGGUACAUUCCUCCCCAUGGUUAGUGGCUCUGUCUGUGGUUAGGAAAGUGCCCGGCGGCGUCGCAGCAGUGCGAGAGGGAGAACCCUGGCAGGCCCACACUUCCUGUUUGUGCCUUGCCCGCGGCCCCCCAGCUCCCAGGAACGUGGGGUGUUCUGGUUUCCAUCAGUGUGUGAAAGCUCUCGUGCAGCCCAGACCUAACCCUCUCCUGGAAACGGUGCAGCUCUGCAGAGGGCAAAAUUCUGCCCUCCAUCAGGCUGGCACCUGGGGAUCUUUGGGGGGCGCUGGCGCCCAGUUCCAUUUCUUUCUCUGCCAAGAUGCUUCCAG